AUGAGAGGAGUAAUAAUGAUAAUAAUAGCAAUAAUUAGAGGAAGGGAAGAAUAUCGAUUUCAUAACUGUUAUGAAGUUAGCUAUAAAAACUGUUUAAAUUGGCAAGCAAAUUUCUUCAGACAAGGAGUCAAAGCUCAUAUUGAUUUUCAAGUUGUAUCAGCUAAUUUAUUGGAAUAUUGCUAAUUCAUAAGCUAUAAAAAGCCUCCUUUGCCUAUUAAUUUUGAUUUAAAUGAAUUCUUAUAGUGA